UAAAAAGAGAGAUCAGCAGCUGGACAUCAUCAAGGAGUCCAGACUGAAGAAAGACACAGUGGAGUGUGAGCCAUAACCUGUCUACAGCCAACAACUAUGAAUCCAGCUGUCAUUGCCGUUUUCGCCAGCCUGCUUGUCCUCUGUGCACAAGGGCAACCAGACAACAAAUCCAGUAAGUGCAAGUGUUUGAACGGUUACGUCGGCAGGGUCAACUUAAAGCUCAUCAAGGGAGAGCCAGUCGUACACCACCCAAGUAUCUUCUGUCCACGUACAGAGAUUAUUAUCAGAACAACAGCAGAUAAGGAAAAAUGUGUUAAUCCAGAGUCAAGGCUCGGACAACUCAUUCUGAAUAACCAAAACAAACAUGUGAAGAAUGGAGCAGUGAGUACAACAACAGCAUCCAGUCAAACAAAUACUCAGAGCUCAACGAGACCACACACGAUAUCCAAGCUGUAAGACUCCACCACCGCUGCACUGAGGAGGAUAUAGUGGAACUGAAACACUGUUGUUAGAAUAGAAGGAGUUGCUCAUUAUCAUUGUCAUGUAAAUACUGUUAAGUGUCUAUAAAUGAUCAAAAUGUUCACAAUGGCCAGUCUUCUGUUUCUGUCUUCUUAACUUAAAUUGUCUUCAUGUAUUUAUACCAAGUAAAUAAUCUGUAUAUACUUUUUAAACACCAAAAAUAAAACACCGAAAUGGA